UCACUGUCAGCAAAUGGUGAAGGAGAUGCUCCAGAAAUGAGUCUUUCAGGACUUCAGCUGGCUUUAACUGGUGCUUCUCCAGGAUCUGAGAUCUUUGUCUUCACUGACGCACCUGCUAAGGACGUGUACCUGAAACAAACAGUGAUCGCACUCAUAGAGCAGACCAAGUCAGUGGUGAACUUUAUGAUUACUAACGUACUGGGGCUUCGUCGUCGAAGACAAAGUGAUGACAACCAACAACAACAGCAGUACAGGAUGUUGACAUCAGAUUUCCAGCUGUACAACGAGCUGGCUGAGGUUUCUGGAGGUCAGGCUAUUCAAGUCACAAAAAGUGAGCUCCUUAGGGCCACCAGCAUCGUAAGAGAGUCUACCAGCGCCUCUCAGGUGACCCUUCUGCAAGCAGUCAGGGACACAGGAAAUGCUGAGAAUUUCACCUUCACAGUUGAUGAGACAGUAAAAAACCUCACGGUUUACAUCACUGGGAAGUCUGUCACCUUUACUCUCAUCAGUCCCUCAGGUGUGCAUCAGGACAGCACUAACAUGACAGGAUCACUGAUCACUGCAUCCCAGUCGGUGGGAAACUUCCAGACUCUGCAACUAAAUACACAAGUAGGAUUGUGGGAGAUUAAAAUGGUGUCACCAAAUCCCUACACACUGAAGGUUGUAGGUGUCAGUCCCAUUGGCUUCUUGUUUAACUUUUUGGAGGUGUCGAAAAGCCCACGGGGAGGAUCUAAUAUCGUAGACGGUCGACCUAGGGCUGGUGUUAAUGCCAGCAUGAUGGUGACAAUAAGUGGGAGUGACUCCGCCAUAGUGAGAGAAGUCACUCUGGUUGAAUCAUUGGGUUCGGGGAUGGUUAACAGCACCAUAGAGACUCAGAGCGGGAGAAACAUCUUAAUUCGGUUUGACAAGAUACCAUCAGCUAGGUUUGCGGUACUUGUGAAGGGACAGAUCAGUAACGCUUCCACCAAAGCUUCCUCAGUGCCCUUCCAAAGGCAGUCAUCCACCACCAUCAGAUCUUCUAAUGUGACUGUUACUGUUACAGAUAAAAACAGUGUCUUAGUACCAGGAACACCACGAUUACUUCCCUUCUCUGUGACGACCAGCGGUGCAGGAGGAAACUUCAUCAUCCAAGUUACCAAUGACCAAGGUUUUAGUUUAACUUUCCCAUCUAGUUUAUCCCUGGAAGCUGGCGGCAGUGCCUAUGGUAUAGUGACCAUCACGGCGCCUCCAGACACCACGUCUGGUACGAGCGUCACCUUGACCAUUGGGGCCGAGGCUCCAGGAGGCGCAGAUACAAACUAUGCUGUGCUGCGUUUAACUGUCCAAACAACGGAGACUGUUACUCAGCCAGUGUGUCUGCUGCUCAGCCUACUGUCCAACUGCUCUUACAAUUGCAGCUUGUCGAUGUGGGAGCUCUCUGUUCAGGUGACUGAUGGGUUUAAUGGGACGGGCAUCGACGUUAGACUCACAAAAGGCAGUGGUAUCUUGAACACCAGCCUGACUUCCGGCAAUGUGAGCACAACACUGGUGUCCUAUAGGGCGUCUUGUUGUUCACCAGAUGUGGAGUUGUUGGUUGUGGAUCAGGCGAGUAAUGUAGGCAUCUGUUCCUACACUGUCCGGAAUAACGUCACCGCCACCAGUGCACAAGUAUCUGUUGCAUCUUUUUCUGCCAAAGCUGUUCAGUCUUUUCUUCUAUGCCUCAGCAUCUGGAUUCCUGGGCUCACUUUACCAUGAGAAAUAGGGACCAACUGAGGGCUAACAUGUUAGUGUGGGGAAGAGUUACAUUUUAAAAUGUCCUUUCAGCCUUGGAAAAUUUGACCAACAUAUGCAUACUAAAAAUGAC